UUAAUCGGCGGUAAUAUUUAAUCUAACCUAAAACACUUUUCUAAACAAAGUCACCCUCAUUUUUUAUGAAAAUAAUUUUAGUUCGUUAUAAGUAUGUCGGCGGAAGUUUCACUACCGCAAAAGCGGUACUACAGGCAAAGAGCACAUUCAAAUCCCAUAGCAGAUCACUGUUUUGAUUAGUAAGUAUACUCAUGUUUGUAAUCCCUAAGCAGUGUUCUCGUCAAAAGCACCCUCGAGUCGCAAUUGCCAGUUGCUUUAAGUGAGAGAGGUACCUUAACAGGGUUAUAUGUACAUUGUGUUACAGUCCAGCCAGUCCAGAUGAAAUGGAUUGGGGUAAGCUGUAUCCCAACAGGUUUACAUCGAAAGGAUGCUCGCCACCAGUGGAAUUUGUUGAUAUAGGAUGUGGUUAUGGUGGUUUGCUCGUUACUCUUUCGCCUAUGUUUCCCCAAAGCCUGAUCUUAGGAAUGGAAAUCAGAGUUAAGGUAUCUGAUUAUGUUAUUGAUAGGAUCAAAGCUCUAAGGUCACAGCAUCCAGGCGAAUAUGAGAACAUAGCAUGUCUUCGGUCUAACGCUAUGAAAUACCUACCUAAUUUUUUUAAGAAAGGACAGUUGAAGAAAAUGUUCUUUUUAUAUCCAGACCCGCACUUCAAAAAGGCAAAACACAAGUGGAGGAUUAUAAAUCAGAACUUACUGGCAGAGUAUGCCUACGUUUUAGGAAUAGGUGGGGUAGUGUAUACUGUGACAGAUGUCAAGGAUUUACAUGAAUGGAUGGUUCAACAUUUCACUGAGCAUCCAUUGUUUGAUAGAGUAUCCGAGGAUGACUUGGUAAGUAAAUGGGUAACAGGUAUAAUAACAAAUAGGUAAAGAUGGGCAGAAACUGUCUCCAAUCACACAACAAUCUCACUGGAGCUUAGAAUACUGGAUUAUGAAUUUGUUGUUUGUUAGUGUUCAUAUGACCGAUUUAGGAAUGCACAUUGUUGCUAUAUGGGUCAGACAGAAUUGACCAGUACAGGCACAAAAAUCCCUCAGAAUUGCUACUUUUAAAAUACCCUUCCAAUCACAAUUAAUUAUUAGGGUAGGUUUGACUCAAAUAUCGGGAGGAUGCUUUCUGUCCAUGAAAGUUGUGAUAUCCCCAAAACAAAAAAAUCACGAGUAACAAUCUCCCAAGAUGACAACCCUCUCCCAUCCUAACCGAAUCGAAGAGGAAGCUUUUCCCGGUUCUGCUAACCUUAGGCAGUUGGUUCAAAAAUCGUAUUAACAAAAUUAUCUUGGGAUCAU